UUAUAUUUUGAAUUUAGGCCUCAAAGACGAGGAAGGGCAGUUUGGGGCAAUUGUUACAGCUGAAUUCAUUCUCUUUGAGGACUCUUUUGAUUCAUUUUGAAAAGUUAUGGGUGAUGGACUGCAUUUAUAUCGAUUCUAGGACUUCGAAUCCCGUCAUAAAGUUUAGUUCAUUGGAGUUCAGUCUGAAAUUUCUCUCCAAUAAAAAGUUACUUUAUGGGACUCUGAAUUGAGCUUUUCAAGCCUACAAAAUUCUUAGAUUGGAUUUCAUAGAACCUGGCAGAAGAAGAGACAGUGGUGUGGGGGGGAGGAAGAGGGAGAGAGAAAAGGUGCUUUGGUGCAACAAAUUUCUUCAGAAGGCUGGUUUGUAUUGAAAGAAAGGCUGGGCAGAGUUUCGAGGCUUUAGGACUUCACCUCUCUUCCACUUUGCAUAUCAGUUCCCGAAGUUCCAUUUCUAGAGAAUAUUUUUUUGUGGGUUUUUCCCUCUAGUUUUCAGAGGAUGGCACAGGAAAGUUGGAAAAAGGAGACUGAUGAAACUGAAUGUCAGACACCCAAAGGCCCAAUCUUGUGUGCAAACAAUUGUGGCUUUUUUGGAAGUGCAGCCACCAACAACUUAUGUUCCAAGUGCUACAGCGAUCUAUUCAUGAAGCAGCAGCAGCAAAAACUCAGGGCAGCUCCAGUCAUUCCGGUUGCUGACAAGAUGCCUAUAACAUCCUCUUUGGUUCAACCCGAACCUGUUGUAGAGAAGGUGGAUAGUGUGGGAGAAGGCCAUGGACUGAAAGAAGGUUCCUCGUGUCAGGAGGCUGUCAAUCCGCCUCCAAACCGUUGCAUGUCUUGCCGAAAACGCGUUGGGCUGACUGGGUUCAAGUGCCGAUGCGGUAGGACAUUUUGUGCUGUUCACCGGUACUCUGAGAAGCAUGAGUGCUCAUUUGACUACAGGAGUGCUGGCCAGGACGCCAUAGCUAAGGCGAACCCUGUUGUGAAGGCUGAGAAGAUUGAGAAAAUCUAACUUCUGGAUUUGAUUUGUGAUAAUGGUGAUUCAGAGAAAAGUAUGAGAAGGUAAAUGGCCUCUCUCAGAUUUGUGUUCUCCAAUAUCUCUAGUAUGUUAUCUAAGGGUAUAUCUGCAAAAAAUGGAAACAGGCUAGGAAGGUGGGAGUUGCAGAAAGGUUUUUUGUUUCCUCUAUUUUGGGGGGCAGGGGUGGAGUUCCGUGGGAGGGACAGAGCAGGUAGCAUAUUGCCAAGGUUGUGAACCUCACUCGGCUGAAUGGUUCUGUGUUUAAUUAAAAUAGCAGUUUCUGUGGGAUGAAAUGUGUUAUAAAUGAUCUAUGGUUGUUUUUUAGGGUUCAUAACCAUGUGUAUCUAUUUGAAGGUUUGUGAUUGGGCAUGAUGAUUGAAAUGUGUUUGUUAUUCUAUCAAUUGUGUUAAAUGUUCAACAGUUGUAGACCAGAAUUGGUCAUGCUUUGCCCUGAAGGAGUGGGAGAA